UCAGCAACGCCAGAUUCCUGACACCGGGAGCGGAGAGGCAGCGGACCGCAGCCAUGGGGAAGACAGGUGGGAGAGCAGACUUUGAGUGGGUCUACACCGACCAGCCGCACACCGCCCGCAGGAAGGAGAUCCUGGCCAAAUAUCCAGAAAUCAAGACCCUGAUGGGUCCGGACCCCCAGCUGAAGUGGGUUGUGUCCGGAUUGGUGCUGACCCAACUCGUCGCCUGCUACCUGGUGCGCGACCUCUCCUGGAAGUGGAUCUUCUUCUGGGCCUACGGCUUCGGCGGAUGCAUCAACCACUCGCUGACUCUGGCCAUUCACGACAUUUCUCACAACGUGGCCUUCGGGAACAAGCUCGCGAAGUGGAACCGCUGGUUCGCCAUGUGGGCCAACCUGCCCAUCGGGCUUCCCUACUCCGCCUCCUUCAAGAAGUACCACAUCGACCACCACCGGUACCUGGGCGGCGACCAGCUGGAUGUGGACAUCCCAACGGAGUGGGAGGGAUGGUUCUUCUGCACGCCGGCCAGGAAGGUCGUCUGGCUCUUUCUGCAGCCGUUUUUCUACGCCUUGAGGCCGUUGGUGGUCAAUCCCAAACCGGUGGGUCCGAUGGAGAUCCAGAACACGGUGGUUCAGCUCCUGGCAGACGCAGUCAUCUUCUACUUCUGGGGAAUAAAGCCGAUUGUUUACCUGAUUGCCGGGUCCAUUUUGUGCCUUGGGAUCCAUCCGUUCUCUGGACACUUCAUUGCGGAGCACUACAUGUUUCUGAAGGGACACGAGACGUAUUCGUACUACGGGCCGCUGAACUUCCUCACCUUCAACGUUGGUUACCACAUGGAGCACCAUGACUUCCCCAGCAUACCUGGCAGUAAACUACCUCAGGUGAAAAGGAUCGCAGCAGAGUAUUACGACUCGCUGCCGCAGCACACUUCCUGGUUCCAGGUGCUGUGGGACUUUGUGUUCGAUGAAAACAUCGGCCCUUACGCCAGAGUCAAACGGGAGUACAAGCUAAGCAAGAUGGAGUAGAUUUCUAGUGAUAUUUAUUUAGAAAAGUUAAAUAAAGCUGUUAUUCUGCUACUUACACUGCAGACACACAAAAUCUUAGAGUAUUUUAUUCUAGUUUCUAGUGCAAAUGUCUCAGGACACUUGAAAAAAGAUAAAACUAACUUACAACUAACUUUUCAAGAUAUAAGAGCUUUUUUAAAGUUAAUCAUUCUUUAAUGUUGAUGAAUAAAUGUUAGUUUCACUGGCAGAUUAUUUUACUUAUAAAAAGAGAAAAUGUCUUAUAGGAAUUAUUGACAUCUUGCUAAAAAGCUACUGAUAUGUUAGUUUUGUAUGAUGGCGUGUUGAGGUCGUAGACAAAAAAAAAAAAAAGAUUACAUUUCUGCCAAAAAACUCAGAAAUUUUCUUGAAAAAUCUCGGGAACUUCUGAGUUUGUAAAAUCAAGAAAUGUCAGAAAAAAAUACUAAUACAAUUGAAAAGUCAAAUGUUUUGUAAAGAAAAAAACAUAAAAUUUUCUAGAAAAAACAUGGAAAUUUCUGAGUCUCAAAAGUCAAAAACAUUUAAAAAUAAGACAUUUUUAAAAUACAUAAUUCCUUAAUAUUAAUGAAAAUGUUAUGACAUUUUGCUAUUAGCAAAAACUGGAACUUUACCAUCAUGAAAAGUUACUAAUAAUUUAGUUUUGUCUUAUUUAAAGUGAACUGAGAUAUUUUCAGUUGAAUCAAGACAAAAAUACUUGAUUUUGUGUUUUGCAGUGUAGCUGAAAAACGUUUUCGCUCCUGUUGUUUUGUAACAGUUGAUGUGUUCAUAGUCGCUGCGUCGCAACCGUGACAUAUUACACUGUCACGGUUUAUCCUGAAAGAUGAGAUUAUUAAUCCCACAACACUGGAGCAGAUUAUGGUUGCUGGGCAGAACGAAGCUGAAGAGGAAUGCAGCGUUGAUACUUUGAGUGAGAGGAGCUUUUCUUCAGUGACGCUUCGUUUUGCUAUAAUUCAUAAAAAUCUGACUGGAGCCGCAAAACCAAACAUGAAAAAACAUAAAUCCAUCAGGAUUACAGUUUCCUGGUUGUAUUUUUAUUAUUCAUAGUCUGGAGAUAUUAUCUUGUUAAUAUAAAUAAAUACGUUUGAUGCUAUUUUAUUGCUUGAUAUGUGAAAAGAUGAAUUUUGUAAAAUCUUGAAGAGCAAGUUGAUAUUUUGGAAUAAAACUUUUAUUCCUCAUUUCAA